AUGAAGGGUUAUCCGUUGGAAGAUAUUUAUGCUGCUCUUGGUGAAACAAAGAUUAUUGACAGUAUGUUGCUGCCAACAGUGGACGAGGAAAUCAUGUUGGUUCGUAUUAUUGAUGUGGAAGAAGAAUACGAGAGAGAAGGCGGCCUAAGUGACACUUGGAACUACUGGUUAAAUGUGAAAGGAAAAAAAAUCUGGUGGAAGGAAAUGUAUGAGUUGGACAUAGCAGCACGAAAGUUUUCAAAGGAGAGAAAGAAGGGCAAGGGGAAAGUGGCUGAAGCAUCAUCCUCUAAUGCUGAUUUGGAGUCCACUUUGAAAGGCUUCGAAGAGGAGAUUCUGAACUCUUUGGCAAUAGGGUUUGCUGGAUUCAAGGUUCAAGUGGAUACAAAACUUGAGGCCAUGGACACUAGGCUGAGUGGAAUGGAAAAGACCCAGCGAUACCUGAAGAGAAAAGUAAGGAAGAUUGAUAAGCGGUUAACUUCUCUUGAGUCUAAGGGAAAUGAAGAUGGUGAGUACAUGGAUUUUGACUAUGGAGGGUCAAUGAAUUAUGAUAGACCAGAGAAAACAGGAGAGAAAGGAGCUGAGGAAGAAGCUGAGGAUGAUGGAGAUAAGGAGAACAGUGAGAAAGUUGCUGGAGAUUUUGAGGAAGAGGAUGAGGAUGAUGAUAUUGAGCAAGAGGCUGAGAGGAGGAGAGUAGAGGCAGAUGAAGCGUGGAGGAGACUUCCUCCUGAAUCUGAUGAAGAUGUGGAAGAAGAUAGAGAUUCUGAGGAAGUGUCUGAAGAAAGUCCUAAAACUCCACAUGUGGAAAAGGAGAAAGAGGCUGAGAAAGGGUAUGAGGAAAGUCUUAAAGCCCCACGUGGUAGGACUAAGUUUGUUGAGACUGCGACUGAGCAAGUGGAGGAAGCUGUGGAUGCUGAAAAAAUAGUGGAGGAAGCUAAAAAUCCCACCGAGGAAGAGGCAGAGCAAACUGAGCCUGAAAAAAAAGCUGCGGAUGCUGAAACAAUGGUGGAGAAAGCUGAAAAUCCCACCGAAAAAGAGGCAGAGCAAACUGAGCCUGAAAAAAAGCUGCGGAUGCUGAAAUAA